CUGGCGAGAAGCCGCGCUUGCAAGUCCGCUUUCUCCCUGGCACCAUCGCCGAAACCUCUCCGUGGGUUCGUCCGUUCUGCGAGGACCGCCGCUUAAAGUAGAUGGGGAACACCUGAAGCUGCGCCAGAGUCUUGAGUGUUGACACCAGGACCUAUUCCUUGUAAAGUAUUUUAUAAUCUCUACAGGGCUCAGUCUUUAACAUGGCAAUAGCUUCUUUGCGUCACGGAGUAACCAUCGCUGGAGCUAUCCUGCUGGUGACAGGAACACUGUGCUUUGCUUGGUGGAGCGACGGUGAAAUGGGGGUCACCGCACCCAGCAGUGACUCCAAAGUCACACCUCAAGGAGAAACGGAACUUAUGACCAGGGCUUCCUCUUCCAGUCCUGUACUCAGAUCAAUCAGCUUCUUCUGUUGUGGAAUUGGUGGGCUGCUUCUUGUGUUUGGACUCCUUUGGUCAGCCAAUGCUGGAAUAAUUUCCCGGCACUACCAGUACCAUUUUCCCAGCGACCUUCAGUACUCCACAGUCGAACCUCUUGAGAAACAGACAUGCAGCACCUGGGAGGCCACCAGUAUUCCCACUUAUGAGGAGGCUUUGAAUUGUCAGCCGGCUGAAAAUGCCUCCAGCGACAUGCAGUCUCAGAUUUCAAAGGAGAUUCAGCUGCCCUUAUAUCAGGUGGCGGAUGAAAAUCACAAAGGGCAGGGCAGCCGAAGACGCAGUUCCUCUGACGGGGUUUUGUUUCGGAACAUACCACCCAAGCCAAGCUUAGCGUCACGAGAUGAAGCUAUCAUUGUCUGCGACACUCCACCCCCAAGCUAUGAGAGCAUAGGCUUGGGUGAUGGAUGAUCCAGGCAUCUUUUAUAGCACUGUGUAGGAAUUUCUGGAUUGCUGUAGACAUUUGUUUUCCUUUCAUUAAUUGUGGCAUAUUGGGAUAAAAUGACACACACACACACACACACACACACACACACACACACGUAUUAGGAGCUUUUGCUAAAUGAUCCAAGAGUAGUCUCAACAUUGUUUUGUAGUAUGUGAUUAAUAUGUAUGCAGUAAACCUCAUGGAUGUCCAUAUUCUUUGGAGGUGCAUCCAAAAUAUGAACUAAAUAUAACACAAUUGACUUGGGUAGAACUACUUGAAAGAUGCUCAUGAACAAGCCUAGAAGGAAAGUUUGCAAUAAAUUCAGGUAACUAGGUCCUGGGUUAACGGUUAUUGAAAAAAUAAAAAUGUUCUUAAUAAAAUCUAUUAUCAAUUGAUGAUCAGCUCAACUUUUUGUGCACAAUGGGGCAUAGCUGGAUAUAACUACUUUCUGAACAUUUGCAGUAGCAGCAAAAAAACCCCACAAAACUGAAUUGGAAGGAUUUGUUUAUCUCCGGCCAGAGUUUGCAAAGA